AUCUCCGUUUCAGGGGGUGAGCGCCCUGACCAACAUCCACAGCUUGUCGCACCACAACCCGCAGCAGUCCCAGAACCUCAUCAUGACGCCGCUCUCGGGAGUCAUGGCCAUCGCACAGAGUCUGAACACCUCGCAGGCGCAGAGCGUACCUGUUAUCAACAGCGUUGCCGGCAGCUUGACCGUCACUCAGCUGCAGAACUCGCACAUGUAUGCACACAAGCAGGAGCCUCCCCAGUAUUCCCACACCUCCCGCUUCCCCUCGGCGAUGGUGGUGACGGACACCAGCAGCAUCAGCACGCUGACCAAUAUGUCUUCCAGUAAGCAGUGUCCCCUGCAAGCCUGGUGA